CUGCAAGACGGAGAGCGAGAGAUAGCAACUUUGUUCCGCCCCUCCAGCUUCGUCGGUGUUGGUGGGAAUUAUCCUCUUGUUUCUUGCUCACGGCACAUCUUCCUUGACCUGCAAGUAUCCCCUCGCAUUGGUGAUAGUCCACGACUUUUCUUAAUCCUUUUAUUCCUUUCCCUUAUCCUGUCGCUAUGGAUGUCCCCGAGCCAGAACAGACGCCGUUCACGGCCGUGACAGCGCAGACCUCAAAGCUUGCGCGGCAAUACCAAACAUCUCUCGAUGCUCUGACACCGUACACAACCUACCGGUGGAUCGGCACCGUCGUCCUCCUCCUUAUCUUCUUCCUGAGAAUCGUCCUCGCUCAGGGAUGGUACAUCGUCGCAUACACCCUCGGCAUCUACCUCCUGAACCUCUUCCUGCUCUUCCUGCAACCCAAAUUCGACCCCUCCCUCACCCAAGACGAAGGCAUCGAGGACGGUGACGCCUCCGCCAGCCUCCCCACCAAGCAGGACGACGAGUUCCGCCCCUUCAUUCGCCGCCUCCCGGAGUUCAAGUUCUGGCACUCCGCUACCCGGGCCAUCGCCAUCGGCUUCGUCUGCUCGUGGUUCUCCGUCUUCGACAUCCCGGUCUUCUGGCCCGUCCUGGUGGUCUACUGGAUCAUCCUGUUCGUCCUGACGAUGCGCCGACAGAUCCAGCAUAUGAUCAAGUACCGCUACGUGCCUUUCUCCUUCGGAAAGACCAGAUACGGCCGCUCAUAAGUGUCACGAACCCCAUGGGGGCGGGGGUUGUGUAUACUGCUGCUGCGAACUGCAUGCAGCAUCUGCUCCUAGGCCGUCCUGUGAAACGGAUACACUUUCUAUCCUUGGGGACAGCGAGUUGGGACGCGCUCGGAAAGACGAAACUCCAAUAUUGAUGUUGAUUGAUGAUGACCCCUGUGUGAUCUGAAUUAAUGAGCCGACUCCUUUUCUUAUUGUACAGAGCUUCCAAGUCCACAAUGCUCGAAUCUUGUCACUUUCUUCCUAUUCCUUUUUCAACUAUACUCAUUGUAUUGAUUAGACAGUUGUGUAUCUUCUACGUACCAUCGAAACCAAUCUGAUGACAAGACCUCACGUACAGAUGAAAUUAACAUUAGGAAGCUGGUACGAUAUGGAAAAUAAUUGGCCCGG